AUGGGAAAAUUACCUGUAAACCCUGGACCUUCAGCUGAAAGAGUACAAAAGACUCCAGUGAAGCAAGAAGUUCGAGACAGAUUCUCUGGUGCAGUUGAGGCAUCUGCCAGAAGGAAUGGUUCUGGUGGAGGCUUGCAUGGGGAUAACUUGAGGCACAGAUCAUCAGACAGCGUGCCAUCAUCAAAAGAUGUGGUUAAAGAUGUUCUUAAUAUAUUANUUAGUGAGAAGAAGAUGCUUACACCUGUAGAAGUAUACCUUGCUUAUUCUGGCGUUCUUUGUAAAUCUUAUCCAUCGGAGUUCAUAUCAUAUUUCCAUUAUUGUCGAUCAUUACGAUUUGAGGACAAGCCUGAUUAUAUGUACAUGAAGAGGCUUUUCCAAGAGCUCUUUAUUCGAGAAGUGAAGCAAGAAGUUCGAGACAGAUUCUCUGGUGCAGUUGAGGCAUCUGCCAGAAGGAAUGGUUCUGGUGGAGGCUUGCAUGGGGAUAACUUGAGGCACAGAUCAUCAGACAGCGUGCCAUCAUCAGAAGAUGUGCAAACUGAUUCUCAAAGAGGACGGUUGUCUCGCACUGGUAGUACAUCUAAGAGGGCGGUACUAUCAAGCAGUAGGCCAAGCUCCUACGGGGAAGCCAGCGAAAAUCGCAAUAGCCAAUUAGGCUCAGGCAGCGAUCAACUAUCCACCAUUCAAAGAUUACAACCUGGAUUUGAGUCCAAAUCGUCUUCUUUUACUCGUGCUACGGUCUCUAGAGGUGGCAAUGAUGAUGCUCUCCGUAGCUUCGAUCUUCUAAGAAUUGGCUCAGGGAAAAGGAAAUAA